AUCUCAUCACGUGCUCGGCCCGCUAUCAGCGGCUAUCGAGUGCUGAUUGCCUUUACCGGUGUCGCCGCCAGCUGGGGCGACAGACAGUUCUCGACCCCUGGGUCCCGCGCCUGCCCUCGACACUUGCACAACAGGAGCCGCCGGCGAGAUGGGGACAUUGUUCCGCAGCGAGGAGAUGGCGCUGUGCCAGCUCUUCAUCCAACCAGAGGCGGCCUACUACUCCGUGUCCGUACUGGGCGAGGCGGGCGCCGUGCGCUUCAGAGACCUGAACCCGGAGGCGAGCGUGUUCCAGCGCAAGUUCGUGGACUGGGUGAAGCGCUGCGACGAGAUGGAGCGCAAGAUCGUGUACAUGGAGGAGGAGGUGGUUAAGGACGACAUUGCCGUGCCCGAGGUGGACGGCUCGGACCUGCCCCCGGCGCCGGACCCCCGGGAGAUGAAGGAGCUGGAGACCCAGCUGGAGAAGCUGGAGACGGAGGUGGUGGAGCUGAGCCAGCACUCCAGGAACCUGCACCUGGUGCACCAGGAGCUGACGGAGCUGAAGCUGGUGCUGGAGAAGACGUCGCCCUUCUUCGCCGAGGAGGCGCACCGCCGGCAGUCGCGCGCCGACGGGUCCGGGGUGCCGCUCGAAGACCUGCAGCAGCGCCACGUCAGUUUCAUCACCGGCAUCAUCAGGAAGGAGCGGGUGCUGGCCUUCGAGAGGAUGCUGUGGCGGCUGUCGAGAGGGAACGUCUUCCUGCGCAUGGUCGACCUGCCCCUGCCCAUGAAGGACCCGGUGACGGGCAAGGAGGAGUACAAGACGGUGUUCGUGGUGUUCUUCCAAGGAGAGCAGCUGCAGACGCGCGUGAAGAAGGUGUGCGCGGGCUUUAGAGCGGCCGUGUACACCACGCCGCAGUCAGCCACCGAGCGAGACAACAUGCUGAAGGGAGUCAACACGCGCAUCGAGGACAUGCACAAGGUGCUGAACACGUCGGAGGUGCACCGGCGCGCCAUGCUGCAGCUGGUGGCCAAGGACCUGCGCCGGUGGCUGGUGAUGGUGCGCAAGGCCAAGGCCAUCUACCACGCCAUGAACAUGUUCAGCAUGGAUGUGACGCAGAAGUGCUACAUCGCCGAGUGCUGGGUGCCGGUCGUCUUCCUGCCCGACGUGCAGAAGGCGCUGGAGGACGGCGGGCGCGUGAGCGGCAGCUCCGUCCAGUCGUUCCUGAACGUGAUUGACACUCACGAGACGCCACCCACCUACAACAGAACCAACAAGUUCACCAACGGCUUCCAGGAGCUCAUCUCGGCGUACGGCGUCGCCAACUACCGCGAGGCCAACCCAGCACUGUACACGAUAGUCACAUUCCCGUUCCUGUUCGCUGUGAUGUUCGGGGACGCCGGCCACGGCAUCAUCAUGCUCUUGUUCGGACUGUACAUGGUGCUCGACGAGAGGAGGCAUAUGAAAUCCAGGUCCAAGAAUGAGGUGUGGAACAUCUUCUUCGGGGGCCGCUACAUCAUCCUCAUGAUGGGCUGCUUCUCCAUCUACACGGGGCUCAUCUACAACGACGUGUUCGCCAUCUCCAUGAACAUCUUCGGCUCCAGCUGGAGGGCCAACUACGACUGGAACACCACUCACGUCAACGACUACCUCACGCUGGACCCCGCCAAGUCCUCGUACCUGCAGUACCCCUACCCCUUCGGCCUGGACCCCGUCUGGCAGACUGCAUCCAACAAGAUCAUCUUCUUGAACUCGUUCAAGAUGAAGCUGUCUAUAAUACUUGGAGUGGCGCAUAUGAUUUUUGGUGUGGUGAUGAGCAUAGUGAACUAUGUGCACUUCAAGACUCCGAUAAGGAUCCUACUAGAGUUCGUACCACAGCUUUUGUUCCUAGUCAUGUUGUUUGGAUACAUGGUGCUCCUGAUUUUCAUAAAGUGGAUUAUGUAUGGCCCCCAGAACUCGCUGGUGACAGGACCCGGCUGCGCUCCUUCCAUCCUGAUCCUCUUCAUCAACAUGAUGCUGAUGGGCCACACCACGCCACUGGAGGGCUGCAAGGAGUACAUGUUCGAGGGUCAGGAGACGAUGCAGAACCUGCUGGUGGUGGUUGCCGUGCUCUGCAUCCCGCUCAUGCUGCUCGGCAUGCCCAUACACCACCUCUGCACCAGGAAGGCAUCCAGGCAUUCAGAUGACGACAGCAGUGAGGAGGAAGAGCCGUUCAGCGAGAUAAUGAUCCACCAGGCCAUCCACACGGUGGAGUACGUGCUCAGCACCAUCUCGCACACCGCCUCCUACCUGCGGCUGUGGGCACUCUCCCUGGCGCAUGCGCAAUUGUCAGAAAUACUGUGGACGAAAAUCAUGAACAUGGGCAUGACCAUAGGCGGCCUGUAUGUCGGAGGAGUGAUGAUAUUCAUAAUAUUCGGCGUGUGGGCCUUUUUCACUGUGUCCAUCCUGGUGAUGAUGGAGGGGCUGUCGGCGUUCCUGCACACUCUCAGGCUGCACUGGGUGGAGUUUAUGAGCAAGUUCUACGCAGGAGAAGGCUAUUUAUUUAUCCCAUUUUCAUUCAAAACAAUUCUCAGCGAAGCAGAAGAAGAAAGCUGAGACUCUUGAUCAUAGUAGCAUGUCUAGUGACAGUGAAACAUCCUGAAGCCUUAUGCUAAAAAUGUGUAAAUCCAGAAAAUAUUCUGAAUUGUUUUAAUAAAGCUGUUUAUAUGAUAGUUGAAAUAA